CGGAGGCGGUGGGAGCCGCAUCCAUGCCCUCCCUUGCUCCCACCAGCCGCUUCCGCUCACUCUGCACGGUGGUCGUCAGUCAGUCCGAGGAGCGAAAUGGGAGUAGAAAUCGAGACCAUAACUCCCGGCGAUGGGAGGACGUUCCCAAAGAAGGGCCAGCGGGUAGUUGUCCACUACAUCGGAACGCUGUCGGAUGGGAAGGUGUUUGACUCCUCAAGGUCCCGUGGAAAGCCAUUCAAGUUCAAGAUUGGGCACCAGGAGGUGAUCCGCGGAUGGGAAGAAGGAAUGGCGCUGAUGAGUGUCGGUCAGCGGGCCAAGCUGAUCUGCUCACCAGACUUUGCCUACGGCAGUAAAGGACACCCUGGCAUCAUACCACCCAAUGCCACUUUGACCUUCGACGUGGAGCUGCUCGGUCUGGAAGCUUGAAACAGCACUGGCUAAUUCCCCUCAGAUUUUCAGGGUUGACGCUUAUCCCAGUGACAUGGACAAGAAUCAGAUGACACACUGGCGAUUCCUGCGUAGGACCUAAUGUCGAGAGAUCAUCCGCCUACUUUGAUAUCCAGGUGUUAUGUCACUUCAUGCUAUUCUUUGACCACCAUCCUGUGUUUUAUUUCCAGUUUUUUUUAAAAAUCUGAAUCAAAUUGCUUUACAGUCAGGAUUUUAACGUGUCAUAAAUGUUCAGUGAGAGUCAGUGGCCUUUACGAAAUGUCUUGUGUUGAAUUGUCUUGGCUUCACUAGAAAGGAGAAAAUGUUUUUGGUUUUUUUUCUAAUUGUGAUAAAGCUCAUAUGGAAUCCAUUGUUGCAGAGGAAGCUGAAACAAGCACAUUAAUGCCGUCACCAGAGCUUAGUAUUCAUCAGCAGUUAUUAAUUUAUGAAGAUGAAAUCCCUCACGCGUGUUUGACAUGUUGAAUGGAAAAGAGGAGAGUUUAUCGUAAAGAAAGUUGCGGUGGGAAAGUUCCGGGCAAAGAUUCGCAGGUCACACCUCCAGUUGUGCUCCAGGACGUCUGUGCGUUCCAAGCUGUACGUCAAAGCUCUGCGUUUUACUCUUGACAUUAAAAGAGUCAUUUUAACACCACAUGCUUUUUUCACCAUGACUGUGCCCUCCACACGUAUGAAACACAUCAGAGACGCGGACAAUAAAGAAAGACAUUCUGUUUAUU